CAACUCCACUGUUCUCUCCACGACGCACGCUGCGCGCUCGAGCGGCUCAGAGCUCGAGAGGAUGACCGCAGACUAGAGUCCGUCCCCAUCCCUCUCUCUCUCUCUCUCUCUCUCUCCCUCUCUAUCUCUUUCUGACCACCAAAACCCUGCAUGUUCUAUUUUCCGCUCGCUGUCCAAACAGCACUAACCAAAAGAACAGACUCCCCCCAACCACCACCACCAUCUCCACCAGCACCAGCUCAUAUUUUGGAGUUUCGUCUGGAAGAUGAAGGCUACCGCUCCUCUUCGCCCCCAUAAGGACUCCUCCAGCCUGCGCCCUCCACACUGCGCCACCGAGGAGGAGGAAGAAGACCUGCUGUGCCUUCAUCACGACAUGAACGACUGCUACAGCCGCCUGAGGCGCCUGGUGCCCACCAUUCCGCAGCACAAGAAAGUCAGCCGGGUGGAGAUCCUCCAGCAUGUCAUCGACUACAUCCUGGACCUGCAGCUGGCCCUGGAGGCUCAGCCGGGCCUCUGGAGGCCCGCCUCGGCCCGGACGCCUCUGGCCGUGCUCAACACCGAGCAGAGGACGACAGUGGUCAAUAAAAAGGAAGACUCGAUUUUGUGCCGCUGAAGUGUAUCGCAGUGGUGUGCAGUGAGCCCAUCCAAAGCCAAGCCAAGCUUCGGCAGGGAAUCCGACACACACCAGGCCCAAUUGCAACGAGGGAUUGCAAAGCAGUCCUGAAACUAAUGGCUACUAAACCAUAACAUAUAAACAUUUCAGUGUUAACUGUCAGUGACGGCAAAGAAAGCCAGCUUUCUUCUCCCUUCAGUCUCUCAGUGAAGGAAAAAAAGCUGAAUUUGGGCAAAGAAUCUCUCUCUCUCUCUCUCUCUCUCUCUCUCUCUCUUUCUCUCUCUCUCUCUCUCUCUCUCUCUCGAUGCUGAGAGUUGCCAUUUGAUUGACCCUAAAGACACACCAGGAUAAAGCUCUGUCUAAUUUUUACGAAGAAAUGCCAGACUGUAAAGCUUUACAAAUAACAAUGAACGUUAAAAUGUUCUGACAUCUAUUGUUAAAAAUAGGUGAUUUGUGUUCCACAGGGAUUUCUCUGCAAUUAAAAUUGUUUAAUAUUGUAAAGAAGGCAACUAUGUGUUGAAAAAUAAUGCUGUAAAUAAAUAAAACAAAACAAAAAAAGGAUGUUCUAUAAAUGUAUGUGGAAGAAAAUAUAUAUAUGCUCAAACUACUGUAAUUAUAAGAUAUUUUUUAUUGAAAGGUUUUGUUUUGUAAAUAUUGUGUUUUCACUUAAGUGUAGUGAAUAAAUUCAUGAUUGUUCUGCUAAUAAAGUCCACAUGUCAUAAA